AUGUGCGAGGAGCAUGUUGGAAAGAGUGGGGUGGGAGAAGGAGUGGUGGACUGGGAGAGGAAGAAGACUCUAAGAGGGUUGAGGCAAAAUGGAGGCAGCACGAACCCAGCAGAAAGAAGACAACAGGCAUCAAGGGCUGUGUGGUCAUGGUCUUGGUCUCACGAAUGGAUAGCUCAUGGAUACUUUGCCACUCCUGGCAAGACAGAACUUUCCAAGCUUGAGAUGUCAACUGGAUUUCCUCGUAAAAGUGGCAGCAACCACAGCAAGAGCAAUGGGCCAUUGCCAGGGACACAUGAAUACACCUCUGUCCUCACUGUGCCCAAUGGAGGCCACUGGGGCAAGUGGGGGAGUUCGCAAUUUUGUCGUUAUGGCUGUGCCAAUGGAUUUGUGCUGAAGGUGGAGCCCUCCCAGUUUGGAAUUGAUGACACAGCUCUGAAUGCCAUACACCUGCAUUGUCAAGAUGACUCAGUCAUUGAGUCCUUGGUGGGGGUGUGGGGUACCUGGACCAUCUUCCAAAUUUGCCCUGGAGGCUACUUGAUCUCCUUCUCACUGAGAACGGAGAAGUCCCAAGGAGGAGGUGAUGACACAGCAGCAAACAAUGUCCGGUUCAGAUGCUCAGAUGCAACUGUGUUAGUAGGUGAUGGACUACUGUGGGGUAGAUUUGGCCCAUGGAGAAAAAGCUGCACUAUAUGUGGUCUCCAGACCAAGGUAGAGCCUCCACAGGGGCUUCAGGAUGAAGCAGCGCUCAACAAUGUGAAGUUGUUCUGCUAUAAAUGA